ACUCAAUUUUUUUUAAUAAAAAAAUUAAAUUGAAAAAAAUGGGGUGCGAAGGUUCCAAGCUUCCCUAAAAAAUAUUUGGUUCCCUCCAAAUGUUCGAAUCUCCCUCCAAAGGCUGCAGAGACCGCACAAUCACGAAUCGACAAUUCACCAGCUUCUCUGUAAUAAGCAGCAGAUCUCUCUCUCUCUCUCUCUCUCGCAGUAAUGUCAAACCACCAGGACGACCUCGACCUCCUCCUAUCCCUUCAAGACAGGGUUUUAGAAACCCCUCCUGCUUCUCCUUCAGUCCUGCUGCAACCCCACUCUUCCGGGUACCCUUCAGAUGAUGGAUCGCCCUCAUGGCGGAUGCGGAAUGCGGACAUGUCUGUCUUCAGGGACGCUGUUCAAGACUACCUUGAUUACGAGCCCGAGCCUGAGCCCACCAAGCAAACCCCCAAAUUUAACGGGUCGAAGAACUCAAAUGAUGUUCAGGUUGAGAAGUUCUCGGGUCUGCGGAUUCGAAAUCAGCUGAUUUCACCGGCAGAGAUUAGCAAUCGUUUUUCAGAUAUUCGAUUCGUCCGACUACUGACCAUAAAGAACUUGUUGGUGGGUGAUACUCUUUCGGGUUGUUGGGCAACCGUUGGGGUUUUGACGGAGAAGGGGAAUCCAAAGACAAGUUCUACCGGAAAGAGUUAUUCUAUAUGGAAAUUUGGGUGUUUGGAUGAGAGCACUGUUUCAGUUUUCUUGUUUGGAGAUGCUUAUCAGAAACACUCGAAAGAACAGGCUGGCACAAUCUUUGCACUUUUCAAUUGCAAUGUUCGCAAAGAUGCUAUGGGCAGUGGAUUUUCUUUAAGUGUUUAUUCUGUUAGUCAAGUUUUAAAGAUGGGCUCUUCGGUUGAUUAUGGGAUUUGCAAAGGAAAAAGGAAGGAUGGGAUGGCCUGUACACUAGUUAUAAAUAAACGCCGUGGGAUAUUUUGCAAAUUCCAUAAGUCGAAAGCAUCUGAAAAGUAUUCCACCACGCGAACUGAGCUUACAGGAGGUAACUUAAGAACUGCCUUUAGAGGUGCUCGCAAGUCAGAAGGAAUUUAUCUGGUUGACCCUCUAGUUGACAGGACAAACAUAGUAAAGCCUGCAAAGCCAGUGAAGUUGUUGUCUGUGGAAGGAUUGAAGAAGGCACUAAGUAAUGCAGGCAAAGUCACAACAAAUACACAUUCACAAGGAAUAAGAUUUCUUACGGAGAUCACAGGAAAAACAUGUCCUACAAAUACAAAUAAAGGAUCUGCACUGCCAAACCAACAAAUGCCCAAGUCUGGCAAGAGGAUAUCAUCAACCAUGAAACUAGAUCCUUCAGAUGUCACUGGAAAACAACGGGAUACAAAAAGAAAGAAAAUUGAGCAUGUGCAGGAUUCAGCAGGGAAAAUCACCAAGUUGACUACAGAAAAGAUGAUCGAACUAGAUUUUGUAAGUUCAGACGAAGAUAUCUGAACCUUCCAACAAAUGAUGAUUUUUAUCUGGUGGAAGUGAACUGCAGAACAGCAGAGAAUUGCAUUCAAGGCGACAGUGUCUCUCAUGUCAUGAAGUUGAAAAAGUAGAGGUCGCAAAAUCCGCUUGUUUGAAGACUUCUUUGUUGGGAAGCAGUCAUUUUCUUGAUAACCAUGGUAUGGGUAUCAGCUCCUCUAUUUAUUGGAUAUUGCUCCAUGCAAUAAUAGAAUGCUUCGUGGCUCAAUAUAUUUGCUGCAAUUCCCUUCACAAUUGAAGACCAUUUUGCAGUGAGAAGAGUUGAACGAGCUGAAAGAUAAAGCGAUUUAGCUUCAUAAUUAAUCAUAACAAAUAUGUAACAAUUCAAUUAUUGGUCAGAUUGAAUCUUUGUUGUUUCAACUGGGUUAAUACUUAAGUCAGUCUGUCAAUGCGUGAUGCUAAAAUAGUGGCAUUGUUUUUUGUAAAUGCAGAUUAGAACAUUUGGGUCUAUAGGUUUGCAUUUACUAUCAUUUUUUCCCCUAAUGAGAAUUUAAGUCUUAUAACCA